CCUCCCCCCCUCUGACCUGACAAUACAGGUCAUCAGGUCAACAAUACGGCGUGUUUGAGUCGGAUUUCCCUCGCCGCUCUAGUUGGCCUGUUUGUAAACAGAGAUAAUAAAUCCAAUGGUGUUCUUCUUCCAGUGAAACCAGUGACCGCGUUGGAACUCAUGACGAAAUCGGCUUUGUACUGCAGGCUUCUUACCCGGCACACGCCCAGACACAACACACGGCCUUGGCUUUGGGAGGAAUACAUGAAUUAUUCCCUUCUCACUAUUAGUUUGACGUGAAGGGGGAACGCCGGUGACUUCAUGCUCCUUCCACUGGGGUGAUUCAGAAGUCUGCUUCAUCAAUGAAAUGCUGAUUGAGUGGAGUCACAUUCAAACGUUGCUCUUAUAUUCUUUUUGUGAAUCUGAAUUUGUACCUCAGCUGGUUGCAUGAACUCUGAGAAAUAAAAACAUCCGUCGAACAAGUUCACGUCAUACGAUUGAAAGCUCCAGAACAAGCUCCUAAAUAGACUUUGAGAUGAGGUCGUUUUAUGCCUCUUUUACACAACUAGAGCAGGGGAACAUAAUGACAUCAGUUAUUCAGGGGUUAGCUCGGCAGCUUCUCACUUCAUGAAACGUAUCCCGGGGCACAGAUGUAACGAGUGAUUUUAAACUGAUUAUAAAUCCAUUUGUAUUUGCAGAGGGUUUAUGAAUAAUCAUGGGAAUCACAGCUGUGGCUCCCACUGAGUUCUGUGUUGACAGGAGUGCUGUUUGCUGGAAUUAACCAGUGGGGGGCACUAAUAGAUCAGCUGAAAAAUGUCAACACUUUUCCAUCACAUUAACCUCUUUUUUCUUCAACAGACAUCAUCACUAUUAAUCAUUAAUCCAUAUCAUUGCACAAGGGAGUAAAUGGAGCAAUGAAUUUAAUAUAUAAAGAUAGUAUUGCCCCAUAAAAUGUAAUCUACCGCUUCAAAGCUGCCAUGGAAAACACUGGAACCACAGAAAAUACAAAUGACCUUCAAGUGACCUGUAAAUCAAAAAGAAAAAUAAUGAAAUAAAAUAGUUGCACUGUCUAUAAAGUGAGACGGUAUUUGCAUAACUGCUAUCAGUGUGCGUGGCACUCUAUUUCAUUGUCUCAUCAAUAUGGUUUUGAAGCCUUGAGUCCUGCACUUUGGACAUUGCCAUCUUGUAUCUUUUCAACCGAAAGUGACAGGGGAGGGGGGCGGAGCUAAAUGCAACAGAAUGCUAAUUAGGACAUUUUUAGCCAAUCAAAACGUUACAAUGAACAUCCACAUGAACUGAAAAAACCUUGUGAGAUGCAUUAUUGAGGUUAUGCAUCAAGUGAGAAGUCUUCAAGGGCUUCUAUCAAAUCAGACUUAUUUCGCAACCACAAGCGUCGCCCUCUGCUGGCUGAUGUAAAGAAUGCAAGGUCAAGGCACUUUCUGAUAGGUUUCGCAAUGCAUUGCGUCCAUCCAGUUUAAUGUGACAUUAUUGACCUGCAACUUCAGCUCUAAAAUAGACCCAAGUGGAAUAAACACGUUCACUAUUUCCCUUCUUUGUUGUUGUUUAAUGCACCUCACACCUGUCCCACCGCCGGUGGAGCGGCUGCGGAGCUCUGGCAGGCUGCGGGCUCUUUAAGAGAACAGGUGCGUCUUUGCAGGUAGUGGCGGAGAAACCGGAACUAGACUCAAACAUUCGCGAGCGCAAACAAACACGGAUUAUUAUGUCAGCACAAACAAUGAACAUGAAGGCAGGGGGAAAAUACUUCAGUAAGUUUUGUGCCGCUAAGUCCUCUUAUCUAUAAUAUGUUUUUUUGUCAGGUAUAAAUUAAAAUUGAAUGGCAUAUGGUUCAGUAAUUAUCUGUACAUUCAUCAGAACCGCUUAACAUAUCACACACGUUAUUUAGCAUAUUAAAAAAGACUAAUUUCUCCGCAGACCGGCCUGACUGAAGACAUGAGAGAACCUUUGCUGCUUCUCAGUCUGUCGCUGGCAGUCCUCCUCUCCGCCGAUGUGCUGGCUCAGGACCAGUACGAGAUCACGUUCCAGGAGGACCCGGUGUUGGUUCGAACCGGCGCCGAGACCGUGUUCACGGUGCUGACGGGGCCCGCGGUGUUUUCCAUGAUAUGGGAGUACCAGGGCGGAGUCACCGUGGGUCAGUGGUCCGGAGGAUCCGCAGCGAUCAACGCGGGGACCCAGUUCCAGGGCAGGGUCACCAUCACCGCCAACCAGCUCCGAAUCGCUGGCGCCGAGCUCCGGGACGCGGGGGAAUUCACGGUGGUGGUGACCCCCACUGCUUCAACAGGCCUAGCCGCUAACUCCAGAUCGAUACAGCUCAGCGUGUUCGUGCUCUCGGCGACUCUGUCGGUUCCCUCGGUGGCGAUAGAGGCCAGAAAUGUGUCUCUGAGCUGCACGUGGACCGGCGGGACGGACAUCACGGUCCGGUGGGACAAAGGAGGGGCGGCCGUCCUCGCCGACGAGCGGAUCGCCAUCUCGGCCGGCUCUCUGGUCAUCAACCCGGCCAGGCGGAGUGACGCCGGGGAGUACAAGUGUACCGUCAGCAACCCGGUCAGCGCCCAGACCGCCACGCAGAGCCUCACCGUUUACUAUGGCCCGGACACCCCGGUGCUGACCACGGACUCCCCGAAAGAGUGUGUCGGGGGAGGGGACGUGCUGGUGGGGCAGACCGUGCGUCUCACCUGCCUGUCCGACUCGCUGCCCGCCGCCCUGUUCUCGUGGCGGCGCGACGGGCAGCCGGUCGCGGCCGGCCAGCCGGACAGCGGGGUGCUCAGCCUCCAGACGUUCUCCACGGACGAGAGCGGCCGGUACGUCUGCGCGGCCAGAAACGGCCUCACCGGCGCCACGUCGCAGCAAGGGGUGGACUUGGCGAUCGUAGCCACAUGUCUGGAUGUAGGGGAAGUGGUGGGGAUCGUGAUCGGCUGUUUGCUGCUGCUCCUCAUCAUCGUGCUCCUCAUCGUGCUCAUUGUGUGCCUCGCGUGGAGGAGGAGGAGGAGGGAACGACGGGGACAAAGUGACACUUCCGUGAAGACCAACCCAACUCCCCAGCCGAUUCGGCCAGAUCCACAACCUAAUGGCGCAAGGGAUUUGGGCCGAGGUCCCCACCCCCCCUCUAUCACUCGAACACACACACCACCCGCCACUCCGAGCACUUGUACGCAGAUCCGCCUGAAAGUCGCGGCAACCCGGAGGCGCUGCAGCUGACCGGGG